GUUGCAAUCUCUUAGCUCUCUUACUGUUUACCCUCCUCCUCCUCUAAGUUUUUCCCCUUCCUCUCCGUACACUGCAAUAUUCCAUUUCUUUCCCAACCCACCUUCAAACGCCUCCACUUUGGCCUAUAAAUCUCAACCCCUUUUACAAAAAAUGCAAGCUUUGUUAUGAAAAAGCCGCUAAUGGGUAUGUUGGUUGAUGAUGAUUAUGGUAUGAAAGUGGAGGGAAGCAUGGAUCUUGAUCUCAACUCUGCACUCAUGUCCAUCUCUGAUUUUCCAUUUUCAUGUGAGUCUAUGAUGAGUAGAAGCUCAGAGACUGAUUUCAGCGAUGGAUUUGUUGAAAAUCACAACGCUAAUCCAGCUUCUUGUUCCAAUGCUAAUAAUAAUAAUACUACUACACCCACUGGGGCUCAGUCUAGGCUCUGUGCCAGAGGCCAUUGGAGGCCUGCAGAGGACACCAAAUUGAGAGAGCUCGUAGCCAUUUAUGGCCCCCAAAAUUGGAACCUCAUUGCAGAGAAGCUAGAGGGAAGAUCCGGUAAGAGCUGCAGAUUGAGAUGGUUUAACCAACUGGACCCAAGGAUUAACAGAAGGGCAUUCAGUGAAGAAGAGGAAGAGAGGCUAAUGCAAGCUCAUAGGAUAUAUGGAAACAAAUGGGCGAUGAUUGCAAGGCUUUUUCCUGGGAGGACUGAUAAUGCAGUGAAGAAUCAUUGGCAUGUCAUAAUGGCAAGGAAGUAUAGAGAGCAUUCUCGUUGUUACAGAAGAAGGAAGCUGACCCAAUCUGUUUACACUAAAAUGGACCAAGAUUUGAGCUUCCUUAAGCAUCAUAAUAUGCCAAACUUUCAGGCUUCUAUUGGUGCUGUUGAUUAUGCGUUUUUAACCCAAAUGCCCAUUGCUGGAGCAGAGGCAAUGCCCUGUGACACCCCGUUCUUCACCUCAUGUGCUCAUCUUUCAAAUCUCAAUGUCCUUCCAGAUCCCAAGAGCAGAUUUUGGGAUGGAACAGGCAAUGGGAUUCUGGUACCAGGAAGCCAGAGUGAGUAUGGGGCGUGUAACACGGCGGCGGCGGCGGCAAACGACGGCGUCGGGGGAUCACAAGUGGCAACAGGUGGAUCUUCUUCAUCACCAAGAUUUAUUGACUUUCUUGGAGUUGGAGCCACAGGAAGUUGAAAUGUGAGAAUAAUAAUUAGUAGAUUACCUCACUGCAAUGGAUUAGGAGAGGAAACUGAAGAAUGUAGUGAGUGGUGGAACAUCUUGAUUUUAUUAUUAUUAUUAUUCAAAUAUAAUAUAGACUAAAAGU